AUGGAUUGCACUCCUGCUCAGAAGGUUAGAUAUGGCACUCAUAUGCUGGCCAAGGAAGCUGAUGAUUGGUGGUUGGAGACGCUUGCUAGGUUAGAGGCUUCAGGUGAUAAAAUCAAUUGGAAUAUGUUCCGUAGGGAAUUUCUGAGAAAGUACUAUCCUGAAGAUGUUCGGGGUAAGAAAGAGAUAGAAUUCCUAGAGUUGACGCAAGGGGACAAGUCUGUUACUGAGUAUGCUGCCAAGUUCACUGAGUUGAUUAAGUUCUAUCCUCACUUUGAUGGCGAAGGUGCUGAAUUUUCUAAGUGCAUCAAGUUCCAAAACGGAUUGUGCUCGGAAAUCAAGAAAGUUGUUGGCAUUUUGGGUAUGGCUUCCAUGGGGAACCUAAAAGCCGAUAUUGUUCCUGAAGAGGAGGAAACCCUUGGUGGUAUUGACCUUAAAGAAGUUACCAGAGGCUUUGCUUUUCCAGCUUUACCUUUAACUAAUCCAUAA